AUGGCUGUGCUCAUGGUAGAAGAUUCCGAACCGGCCAUGCAGCUGGAGAAUCAGUUAUUCGCUCUCCCGGCCACCCUGACUGACCGUGGGCGAACGGAGAACGAGAAACUGAAUCCUACCACCAUUCUGACCGAUAACGGUUCAGCUGGAGACAUCAACUUCUUCAUUCCUCCCAGCAAUUCUGGUUUACGUAGCUUGGCUGACAUGAUACUGGAGUUGGAAGUGGGCAUCAAAGUGCGGAAGGCUUUCUACCACGAUACCGCACUGCGCUUCAACGAUGAAACGCUUAACAAGGGCGAAAAAAACCGCAAAGCUUUGUUUGAUGGCGGAAAUUACGUGCAGCUUUCGGGCAAGCCCUUUGCUGAUCUUUUCGACCAGAGUAAACCGCUCUGCGCGGGUGUGCCAGUCAAUAUCCGACUAGUGGUCAGCCGACCGGAAUUUUCUUGGCACGUGUGGGAUCAGGAUGCUACAAAGUCCUUCAAACCAUUCAUCCGCAACGCGCGACUAUCAAUUCGACGAUAUAUACCAUCACCUGAUUUUCUAACGGCCGUGACGGGUGAAUUGUUGAAACAAACCGUAAAGUACCACAUUGAACCUGUGGUAAUGCGUGUGUCCGAUAUUGCUCAAAAGACACAGAGCACAGUGGUCAGUAAUCUGCAAAUCGGACAAAUUCCCAAAGUGAUCUUCACUGGAUUUGUGGACAGUGAAGAUUUUCAUGGAUCAAGUAAACGCAAUCCGUUCAACUUUCAAAACUUUAACCUGACGCAAAUCAGUGUGGAAGUAGACGGGCAAAGUUAUCCCAACAAACCGUAUAUGGCUGAUUUUGAACGCAGCCUAUCUUUGGAAUGCUAUGAUGGACUACUGGAUACGUUGGGCAAUCGACAAAGUCUACAAGGAAGUCUCCCGUUUACGCGCACGCAGUACAACCAAGGCUACACGCUAUAUGGGUUUGACCUCACGCCUGGACAUACUGGACGCGGGCCGUUAACAUUGAUCAAACAGGACAAUUUAAACGUGUCCGUUUCCUUUGGAAAACCAUUGGAGAAAACUAUCAUGAUGGUGUGCAUGUUGGUGUACGACAGCGUUAUUGAGAUCAACCAACACUGGCAACUGAUUGCGGACUUUUCAACAUGA